AUGCUGAUUGAGGAGGCGAUUUUAGUGGAUUUUGGGGUAUUUUGUGAAUUUUCUCCAAAUUUGUGGAAAAUCGGCGGGAUAAUGGCAUCAUCGAGUCGCGAGCAGUCCCAGGAAGAAAUAGACCGGGCCAAGGAACUAUUCAGCAGCGGCACCCGGAGUUACUACGUCAAGGACUAUGAUCUCGCCGUGGAAGACCUCAGCCAGGUGUGCACCCUCUAUUCUGACGUCUACGGAACCCUGGGAGAUGAACUUGGUGCUCCGUACUUGCUCUACGCGAAGGCGUUGAUUGCACUGGCGCAGAAUGAGGUGAAACUCAUCGACAUCCCCGAGGGAGAAGGCUCAGAAGAAUCAGAAUCCGAGUCCUGUGACGAAGAAGAAGGGGAAAAGGCAAAGAAAGAGGAAAAAGAUGAUGAUGGUGAGUCCUCAAAGGUUGAACCAGCAGAAAAGGCCGAAGCGUCAAAGAGCAAAAAGAAGGAGGAUGAUGAUGACGAUGAUGAGGAGGAGGAAGAGGGUGAACAGACAACAAAUCCCGAAUCCACAGAGGAAGACAUUACGAAUCUUCAGCUAGCCUGGGAAAUCUUGGAAUUGGCUGUGAAUAUUUUCACAAAUCGCGGAGAAAGUGGGAAAUCCCAAUUGGCUGAAUGCCAUGCCGAAUUGGCGGGAAUUUCCUUUGAGAAUAACAACUACGAGGAGGCUGUGAGGGACUUCACAAAAGCCAAGGAUAUCCUCAUUACACUCCCGGAUACAAAUCAGCGUCAGCUUGCGGAGCUCUACUACAAAAUGGGCCUCUCGCACAUGAUGGUGAAUGCCUUCAAUGAUUCCAUUGAUGCCCUCAACAGCGCCUGUGAGUGCUUGGAUAAGGUUAUUGCGGAGAAUAAGGAAAAGGGGGCACCUGAGGAUGAGGUAACAGAACUCAUUGCAGAGCUGGAGGAUAGCAAGAAGGAUAUUUACAGCAAAAUUGAAGAGAUUAAAGCCUCGAAGAUGGCUGUUUUGGAUGAUAUUCGCAAAACAUGUGGAUCACCCACAGCGCCAGGGAAGGAAGCCCCUGAGACACUGCCCAGUAAGACACCACCCACGCAGCAACCUACAAACAUUUCUCAUCUCAUUAAGCGCAAGAAACCCGAUUCAUCCCCAUCCGGAAGUAGUUCAAGCCCCAACAAAAUGCCCAAAUUAGACUGAUUUUUUCGCGCAAUGUCUGUUAAAAUUUCAUUUCUUUUUUUUAUAUUGUGUAACGUAAAAUUCUUCAAAGUCCUUCAUUUUCUUAUAAUUUUUUCAAAAUACAGAAAGAAAAGAAAAUUGUUUAAUUUUUUUUUAAUUUUCAAUUAAUAAAUUUUUGGAAUCU